CCGUCCAUCCGCCAUUUUAAUCAACGCGGCACUUUAUUCGUGUUGAAGUGUUUGACCUUUUAAAACCGGCGUAAUAUAAUCUAUUGUAUAUAUAUAUAUAUCUCGCGGCGGAUCAAUAUAACUACACAUACUUUAAAAUGCAGGCUGAAGAGCAAGGCGACUUUAGCACCGAUGAGUUUCCCGAGGGCUCCAAAAUAAACGCGAGUAAAAACCAGGAGGAUGACGGGAAAAUGUUCAUUGGUGGACUCAGUUGGGACACCAGCAAGAAAGACCUCACUGAUUACCUGUCCAGGUUUGGAGAGGUCCUCGACUGCACCAUCAAAACAGACCCAUUGACCGGCCGCUCCAGGGGCUUUGGAUUCGUGCUCUUCAAAGAUGCUGAGAGCGUGGACCGGGUGUUGGAGUUGAACGAGCACAAGCUGGAUGGUAAACUAAUUGAUCCCAAGAGAGCCAAAGCCAUCAAGGGCAAGGAACCCCCUAAGAAGGUUUUCGUUGGUGGUCUCAGUCCAGACACGACUGAGGAACAGCUCCGGGAAUACUUCGGAGUUUAUGGGGAAAUUGAAAGCAUCGAGCUUCCCACAGACACCAAGACAAAUGAGCGACGAGGAUUCUGCUUUGUGACAUUCGCUUUAGAAGAGCCUGUUCAGAAACUGCUGGAGAACAGAUACCAUCAAAUCGGAUCAGGGAAGUGUGAAAUUAAAGUAGCCCAGCCUAAAGAAGUCUACAGACAGCAGCAGAACAGAGACCGGGGCUUUGGAGGUGGACGAGGAGGCUUCAGGGGCCGUGGUGGAAGAGGACAAGGCUAUAAUCAAGGGUACAACAACUACUACGGCCAGAACUAUGGCGGAGGCUACGGCAACGGAUACAACCAGGGCUACAACGGCUAUUCUGGCUAUGACUAUUCAGGAUACAACUAUCAGAAUUAUGGCUAUGGACAAGGCUAUGAUGAUUACAGUGGUCAACAGAGCAGCUAUGGCAAGGCCUCACGGGACAGUGGAAACCAUCAGAACAGCUACCAGCCGUAUUGAUGAAGUGGCGAAACAAUGGUAAGACUGCCUAUUUGCUGCGCUCUGAGCUCGACCUCAAUAUUAAAGAUCAAUAGACAAUAAACUAACAGCCUAAGGAGUCGAGUAAAUGUCUAUAGAUCUUUAAUUGCACCAGUUUGUGUAGCCAUUUUGCUUUUUUUAGUGUGCCAGAAAAGCGUAAGCGUUUUUCUGUAGGUGUUUCCAUUUUCUCCUCCUGCUUUAACAGGUGAUCAUAAAGGAAUAACAUAGAAAAAGUUGAUAGCAAUGCUAACAGGUAAUGUACGGCUAAAAGGGUACAGAGUAAAAGGCGCCUCUCCUUAUUUUUCCUUUCUUUCCCUAAUUCUGAUUAUUGUACCUUGUUUGUACCUGCCAGCGGGGACUUCAUUGCAGGCCGUGUGUCACCUGACCACGACAUUCUCUGGGCGUCGCACAUAGCGGGCAGAGAGCACGGCAUGCACAAGAAAGCGCUGUCCUGUGGUAUGGUCUCUUCCAACUUCCUGUACCAGCGUAAAACAAACAAAAAGACAAAGGAGAUUUUCCCCCAUUUUCAUUAAGUUGUUGGUUUUCGUUAACAGUUCCAAAUGUUUUUUUCCAGGACUUUGUUAAUGUAACCUAAAAGUGAUUGAUAACUGCUUUGUUGUAUGCUCUUUUUCAAUUGUAGUGCUCUUGUAUUUCAGUUGUGGAGCUUCAGUGAUUGAUUUAUUUAUUUAUUUAUUUAUUUGUAAUCUUUGGUUUUUGGUCACCUCCCCAUGUAAAUAAUUGCAUAAACUCUCUCAUAAUGCUUGCUUUUUCUUUAGAGGCCAUAGAGAACUUCAAAUGGGUACACCUCAGUGCUUUUUCUUAAGCAUAGCUUUUAAAGAUCAUAUGUAAAGUGAGUUUUACGAAGCCAUUAAAAGCUGAGAAAUCUGCUAAAACCAGUUCAAGUAUUGGCUAUAAUUUCCAAUAAACAUACCGUUUACACUGGAUGAAGGUUAACCUGUUUGGGCUCGCUCCUCGAUUGGUCCACAAACCGCUUGGAGCUGAAGCUUUUGCUGGCUUAUGAGCUGUUCUGUCAAUCAGAGACGUUCAACAUAUGAUCUUUAAUCUUUAAUGAUGGUUUUCCUAGUUUAAAAUCGACAGCUCAAGAAGUUAAACAGUGAAACAUGGACGUGCUUUGCUUAAGGUGUGGAAACCGAGUGAUUCAUCUCUGCUCUCUUCUCUUGUAGGUGGGCAGGUUGACUUCGACAUUGCUCCUCGGAGGCAGCUUGUGUGGAAUCCUGUCCUUAAACAACUAUUAAAAACGUUAUUCGGUCCUCUGGGGACAAAUCCAGUGUCUAACCUUGUAAAUAGCGAGGUGUUUCGUUUCCAAGUUUGUCUUAUUCUGUGCUUUGUUCAGAUUGAACCUGUAGGUUUUGUGCUGAUGUGUUCUUAAGUCUUGAUUAGGAAAAGUGUCCUUUAUUUUGUAUUUUUAGUUCUUUUCCUGACGUUUUUGGAUAAAGGGAUUAAAAAUUCUGAGAAAACGAA